AUGGCUGGUCGAUGUUCAUUAGUUUCUGCAAGUUAUGCAAUCCUUCUAAUUCAUUUCUUUUAUCGAUAUCUUGCAAUCAAUAACUCCAAAAUGAUCAGAGAACGAUUCCCAUUAUACAUGGCAGGAUCUGCAGUGGUUUUCGUAGUGUACUUUGAGAUGUGGCACGGAAUCUGCUACUUCUUCGGAAGCGCUAACAUGGAGGUCCGGGAAUAUAUUCGUGAGGAAUUCCAAGAGACCUAUGGUUUGGACUCAAUGGAUUUCAAUAUGUUAGGAGCAUUACCCUAUGAGGCAUCGGAUGAAACCACGAACAGAUCAUGGGUGGCUAUAGUUCUGUGGUCAUGUGUGUCUACUCUUUCAAUUGUAAUGUUUUGGGUUCUUGCUGGAAUGACCAAUAGACGGCUCAAUAAAUUCAGGGUGAAUGUCAGUCACAAAACUUCCAGAUUCCAAGUUGAACUUCUUCGAGCUCUUGUGGUCCAAACAGUUAUACCGAUCUUCAUUAGUUUCGCACCUUGUAUGUUAUCCUGGUACGGCCCAAUGUUUGGGAUUCAGCUGGCAAGAGGAUACAACUAUUUUGAAGUCAGUGCUCUCGGGGUUUUCGCAUUUGUAGAUCCAGUUGCGAUAUUUCUGUGCCUUCCCAUUUUUCGCCGCAGGAUAUUUUGUGUUUGUUAUGACAAGUCAACAUCUCCAACAACAAUAUGCAACUCGAGACGAACUAUUUAA